AUGGCCUUACUACACCGCAUGUCAGGCGAGUGCAUCAAGUCUGAAUUGGACCUAUUCACGGUCCCGCUAACGCAAACUGUUAUUGAGAAAAACAGCUAUUUAGAAGUUCCUCCAUUAUCGGCUAUAUCGGACUCUGCUCCGUUGGAGUUUUUUAUCGCCGGAACCGGCGAGGAUUAUUUGGACCUAAAUAACACCUUGGUGUAUCUACGGCUUAAAAUCACAGCCCCUGAUGGCAGCGACCUAGCGGACGACGCAAAGGUCGGUCUAAUAAAUUACCCCGGAGCAACUAUAUUUUCGCAAGUCGACGUCAGUCUUGGUGAUCGGCUGAUAUCUCAGAGUUCGAGUACCUAUCCAUACCGGGCCAUAAUCGAGAGCCUCAUUAAUUACGGUAAAGAUGCGCUGGAAUCACUCUUCUCCGCGGGGCUGUUUUACAAAGAUACAGCCGGUCAGAUGGACGUGGCGGAUCCCGCGGGCGCUAACGCCGGCUUGACAAAAAGAGCUCGAUACACAAGCGAAAGCAAGACUGUCGAGCUACUUGCGCCGAUUCACAGCGACAUUUUCUUUCAAGAAAAAUUAAUGCUGAACGGCGUUGACAUUAAAAUUCGCAUGAUCAGAGGCAAGGAUGAAUUCUGUCUGAUGAAAACUGGUGACCCCGCUUACAAAUUAAAAAUCAUGACUGCGUCACUGUUUGUCAAGAAAGUGUCCGUAUCACCAUCCGUUAGACUAGGACACGCGCAGGCCUUACUCGGGGCUACGGCCAAGUACCCUAUAGACAGGGUAUGCCUAAAAAAUUUCUCCAUACCGGCCGGCAGCCGUGUUUCAAAUCAAGAAAAUUUGUUUUUAGGAACACUGCCAAAAUCUUUAGUUCUGGCUAUGGUUGAUAACGAUUCAUUCACUGGAAACUAUGGGAAAAACCCCUUUGCAUUUAAACAUUAUGACUUGGAGUACCUGGCAGUCUACGUCGACGGACAGCAAUUCCCUGCAAAGCCGCUGCAACCCGAUUUUGCAGCGGGGCUGGCGGUACGUGAAUUUUACCAGCUGGCUAUGGCAACGGGUAGACAUCUUAAAAACCAACCGUUAUCUAUCGACCGCGAUGAUUUUCUGAACGGAUACGCGCUUUACGCCUUUAACCUCACACCUGAUGAAGACUGCGGUCAGCACAUCUCCCUCGUCAAGUCGGGUAACAUCAGACUCGAAGCCCGUUUCAAAAACCCACUGCCGCGCACUAUUAAUUUAAUAGUUUACGCAGUUUUUGACAGCAUCGUGGAGCUCUCUAACCGCAGACAGGUUCUGGUCGAUUACUAUUGA